AUGAAUGAACGGCGGGUGGGCGGGAAGAGCGCGGAGCCACCGCGCACGCGCAGCCGGCUCCGGCGCGCGCGCGCGGCCCGCGCAGGCGCGGUGCGAGCGGCCGGCGUGAGGGGAGAGCGAGGAGGAGGCGGCGGCGCCGCCGGGGACGCGCGGAAACAGCGCGGAAACAGCGGGGACAGCGCCGCCGCCAUGUACCGGCACGUCACCGCCACCGUCACCGCCGCCGUCCGCCUCCGGCCCGGCCGCGCCUGGGCCCCGGCAGCGACCGCAGCGCCCGCGCCGGCCCCGCCGCGCCGCCGCUACCGAGCGCGGCCGCAGGGCCUGGAGCCCCCCCUGGGGCUGGCCCUGCUGCCCCCCCCGCGCUGCCCCCCGCCCCGGGGGCUGGAGGGGCUCGGGGGUCCGGUGACCACGGUGGACGGGCGGCGCGAGGACGACAUCGACGUCAGGGACCCCCCCCGGCUGCUGCUGGGACCCCCGGGACCCCCCCCGGGCACCCCCGGGACCCCCCCGGGCCGCCGGGGCAGCCCCCCCCCCUCCAUGGAGGAGCACCUGGCCAGCGUGCACGAGAGGCUGCGGCACGAGCUCCCCAAUUUCUUCCUGAAGAUCCCAGACUACGCCCUGUACGCCCCCGACGUGGAGUUCCAGUGCCAGCACCUGCACCUGCACACGCGGGGCCGUGCCAUGUACGCCCUGGCGCUGGCGCUGUGCCGGGCCCUGGCCUGGGGUUACUUUGCCAGCCUCAGGCUGGAGGUGCUGGCGCUGACGCGGCACCCCGAGGACUGGAGCGUGCGGGCGCGGUGGCGCCUGACGGGGCUGCCCCUGCACCUGCUGCUGCUGCGCUGGUACCGGCGGGACAAACGCACCCUGCUCAGGUCCUACGACGCCUUCUCCACCUUCUUCCUCAACUCUCAGGGGCUCAUCCGCUGCCACCGCGUGGACAAGCUGAUGCCAGCCCCCACGGCCGUCCCCGAGCCCAAGAAGCUGCUGGUGGCCGCGGCGCUGGCCGUGGCGCUGGCCCGGCCCUGAAGCCACCGAGGGGACACCUGAGCGCCCCUCCCCCCACCUCGGAGUGUCCCCUUUGUCACCUCCCCCCGUGUGUGUCCCCCCUCCCCCCCCCUUAAUUUAAUGUACAGAAUAAAGGAACCAGCGGUGA